AGCCAAGCCAAAGGAGCCAAGUAGCCACCAGAAAAAGAGUCAAGUCACCGGCAUACACACUGACAUUUCUAACAAAACAGGCACCUCAGAGCCAAACGUUUCUUCGUUGAAACUUCUCUGAACUUGUUCUAGAAAAACAAAAUUUUGAGCUUAUUUUAGGGUUUUUUUUUAAAAAUUUGCAAAGAUGACAACCAUGGAGAGCUUGAUAGGGCUAGUAAAUAGAAUCCAGAGAGCUUGUACAGUUCUCGGAGACUACGGUGGCGUUGAUAACGCUUUCUCUUCCCUUUGGGAAGCUCUUCCCUCUGUUGCCGUCGUUGGUGGACAGAGUUCAGGAAAAUCUUCAGUCUUGGAAAGCAUUGUUGGUCGAGACUUUCUUCCCAGAGGAUCAGGGAUUGUGACAAGGAGGCCUCUGGUACUGCAGCUGCAUAAGACUGAAGAUGGGUCACAAGAGUAUGCUGAAUUUCUUCAUCUCCCGAAAAGACGAUUCAGUGAUUUUGCUGUGGUGCGAAAAGAAAUUCAGGAUGAAACUGAUAGAAUCACUGGGAAAACCAAACAAAUUUCUCCUGUUCCUAUCCAUCUCAGCAUCUAUUCUCCAAAUGUUGUCAACUUAACCCUGAUCGAUUUACCUGGUUUAACAAAAGUUGCUGUUGAGGGACAGCCUGAAAGUAUUGUUCAGGACAUCGAAACUAUGGUCCGCACUUAUGUAGAGAAGCCGAAUUGUAUUAUACUUGCUAUAUCUCCAGCCAAUCAAGAUAUAGCAACUUCAGAUGCUAUCAAGCUUGCUAGGGAAGUGGAUCCCUCAGGUGAACGAACCUUUGGGGUGCUGACUAAGUUGGAUUUGAUGGACAAAGGGACCAACGCCUUAGAUGUUAUUGAAGGAAGAUCUUAUCGGCUGCAGCAUCCUUGGGUUGGAAUUGUGAACCGAUCCCAAGCUGACAUUAAUAAGAAUGUUGACAUGAUUGUGGCAAGGCGCAAGGAGCGCGAGUAUUUUGCGACUAGUCCUGAUUAUGGGCAUUUAGCCAAUAAAAUGGGUUCAGAAUAUCUGGCAAAACUUCUCUCAAAGCACUUGGAGUCUGCAAUUAGGGCUCGCAUACCAAGUAUCACAUCGUUGAUUAACAAAACCAUUGAUGAGCUUGAAUCAGAGAUGGACCAUCUGGGUAGACCUAUUGCUGUUGAUGCUGGGGCUCAAUUAUACACCAUAUUGGAACUUUGCCGUGCAUUUGACAAGGUAUUCAAGGAGCAUCUGGAUGGAGGGCGACCUGGAGGUGACCGGAUUUAUGGAGUUUUUGAUAAUCAACUCCCUGCUGCUUUGAGGAAGCUGCCAUUUGAUCGACAUCUCUCUCUGCAGAAUGUGAGGAGGGUGGUCUCAGAGGCAGAUGGUUAUCAGCCGCAUUUGAUUGCUCCAGAGCAAGGAUACCGUCGUCUAAUUGAGAGUGCACUGAAUUAUUUUAGGGGGCCAGCUGAAGCCUCUGCAGAUGCUGUCCACUUUGUCUUAAAAGAGCUUGUCAGAAAGUCAAUUGCAGAAACUCAGGAAUUGAGGCGUUUUCCUUCCCUGCAAGCUGAAUUGGCAGCUGCUGCUAAUGAAGCGUUGGAGAGAUUCCGAGAGGAUAGUAAGAAGACAGUUAUUCGAUUAGUGGAUAUGGAAUCUUCAUACUUGACUGUGGAUUUCUUUCGAAGGCUUCCACAGGAAGUAGAAAAUAAAGGAGGAAAUCCAGCUAUUCCAGCUAAUCCAGCUUCCUCAACCGUGGACCGAUAUUCAGAGAUGCACUUCAGGAGGAUUGGGUCAAAUGUGUCCUCUUAUGUUGGUAUGGUGUCUGAGACACUUAAGAACACAAUUCCCAAGGCCGUGGUGCAUUGCCAAGUUAAAGAAGCCAAACAAUCAUUGCUAAAUUACUUCUACACUCAAAUUGGGAAGAAAGAGGGUAAGCAGCUUUCACAGUUGUUAGAUGAAGACCCUGCAUUGAUGGAAAGAAGACAACAGUGUGCAAAACGGCUUGAAUUAUACAAGGCAGCGAGGGAUGAGGUUGAUUCUGUAUCGUGGGCUCGAUAGAGAGUGGAUUUAUAUAUGAAAUAGCUUGUACUAUAGUCACUUAAACUGACGAUCCAGACUCAUGGCGGGUGAAAUUUUUUUCUGGUUGCUUAUAUUGUUUUUCACCCAUGUUUAGAUUCUUUAUAGUGUUGGUGGGGUUGGGAUGAAACUUCGGUUAUGCUUGGUGGUUGUAGUAGAUACAUGUGAUGGUUUUACAUCUGGAAACUUGUAGGCUUCCUGGUGUAAUGUAUUAUUUGAUUGCUUAA